CUAACAUACAUCGCACUGACGGCAACGCUGCGACCAGCUGCGACUCGUAAAAAAAGUUACUCGCAAAAUAAACGUCAUUAUUCACGCAUAUUUUUAUUUAUUUUGAAAUAAUUUAGGCACUAAAAUCAGUAUUGACGUAGACAACUGCUUGAAAAUUUUAUUUUGGUGUAGUUAAAUUAAAGCAUCAGGUACAUGGACUGUAUUUUGCAAACUAAGAAUAAUGCAACCACAGUUGACAACAACUCCUCGCAAAUUACCAGUAUUUGUCUUCCCACAGAGCAUUACAUUUUAUUUGGAUGACCAGUCAACACACAAACAAGUUUUAACCCUAUAUAAUCCAUAUGAUUUUCCAGUUAAAUUUAAAGUGCUAUGUACUGCUCCAAACAAAUACAAAGUUGUAGACCCAGAGGGUACAAUAAAAGCAAGAUGUUGUGUAGAUAUAGUAGUAAGACAUACUGCACUUUUAAUAGCAAAUUGCAAUGCAACAGACAAGUUCAGGAUACAAAUGCAAGAACACCCAUCAAAACAGGUCAUGGGUAAAAGAGAUGUCGAAGCAAGGCUACUUAACGGAACUAGUGAAACUACAGGAAGAGCAACACCAGACCAUGAAAUGUUUCAACAACUUCCGACUAAUGAAAACAGACAACAACAGUCGUACACACUCUUAGCUCAAAAUAGGGCAGUCGAUAAACCCACGUCCAAGAUAUUUCUAAACGCGCCCAACGUACAAUACCAUUUGUUUAAAGGACCCAUGCGAAAAAAAAGCGUACAUAUGUUACUCCACUCAAACUCCCAAGAUGCCCAAUACAUUAUUGUGGACAAAGAAGGAACAAAUUACGUAGCUCUUAUAGCAGGUAUCAUUUGUAUAGUUGCUCUACUUUUGCCUACUGAAGGAGAGCGCAAUCACAGAGUACCAGAUUACCUGCAUCUUUCCAUAAACUUCAAACUUAUAUUUUCCUUCGUCUUAGGUAUGGUUACAAUCAUUGUCUUAAGGUUGUGAAUUUAUGGUGCAUCAGGAGACAAGUUUUCUACACUCAAUUAAAACCAUGAAAGGAAUGCACAAUUAAUGUAAGGUCAUUUUACUUUCCUUUUUAAAUUCCGUCUUUCUUUUGUUAUCAAGUAUACCUGACACUAGUCUGUAAACAUUAAGUAUCUGGCAACACGAUCAAGGAUGACACAAUUUAUUUAUUUGUAGUAUCAAAGUAAAGACUCUGGUACCUUACUCAUAUUAGUGUUAUUCGAUAUCGCAUGAUUUACAUACAAUGGAGUAUCUACACAUCCUAUAAUUGUAAAUUCUAUACGGUUUGUAAGUAGUGCUGAAAAAUCUUUUUUAUAUUUUCGACAAAAGAAAAAAAAACUUCCAUGAUAAUCUUAAUAUUAGUUAUGUGGGAUUGGUAAUAGCUCACUUGAGAAUUUAAAAAAUAAUUGUCAUAGAUUAAAUUAUUCAUGGACAUGUAUCACGAUGAAACGACAUUUCUCGUAGAUAAUUUAUAUCGUUAUUAAUAACGACAAGUCAUAUUUCCAAUGUAAAAUGUUAAAACAUUAUGAUCUUGUGUGUGAACAGAUGGGUGUCUUCCCACGUGAAAUUUGAGAUAAAAUAGUAGUGAAAGUAAAAGAUUUAAUUUUCAUUAUAUUGGGCACAGCUGUGCAAAUGCAGCGAUUAAAGUUUUCGAACCACUGAGAUUCUUUGUUUUAUAGUUAAUAAAUGAAAGGCUACCUUUUCAUAUCAUAAUAUUAAUAAGUUAUCGUAUCAAAUACGAUUUUUAACUCUUGUCUGAAUGAAGUCUAUAAAUGAUGUAACUCUAGAGUUCUUGCUUCAAUACCGUACGUAGCAGUUGUGCCUAAGAAAUUGUUAGUCAAAUCUGUUAGUUAAGAAAUAUAAUUUCUCAGUUAGGAAAUUUUUAGUCAUUUUCUCUGACGUUAAUGGUUCACCUUGAUACUUACAUGACAAAUUAUGCAGCUGGUAUUUAAGUGAAUCCCACCCAUCUUUUGGUACGGCCUAUUUUAUGUGUAUAUGUAUUAUUUAUUGUGUAAUAAAUAUUUAUACUGCCAUAUAUUAAAGUAAUGAAACUACUGAAGUUUUAGAAACAUGUAGCAUCUAGCAUAGUGAAAUAAAAACACUGGAAAGGUUU